CCCGCAUCCUGUUCCGAUGAAUGGAUGGGUGGACUGCGUUGGUAAGCGUUGAGUGGUCAGAGAGGAGGUUACCAGUGAGAGAUUUCAGACACCCCAUGUCCUAUUCAGGCACAGUCAAUGGGCCGUCUUUUUAUAAUAAGCCCACGAUACCCUCCCCCUCAUCUUCUCAUCUGGUCUCAUCCUCGACUAUCGUGGGCUUUGUCGUUCUCUUCGUUCUCCCUCACCUUCCUUUGACCUCAAGCUGCUGAGCCUGCUUAGCGCGUCCUAUCUUUUCUUUAACCACAAGUCCAUUCUUCUUGGUUCUUUGUGUGCUUUAUCCGCUGAGCUGGAUACAACAACUGGCAUUGUUCAAGCACGACAUCGGGAAAAUCACACGACAACUAUAUUGAUCAGUCUCGGUGCUCCGGUUUUAGCAUCUAUCCUUUCACAGAGCCAAUAUCAACUUCGAGUCAAGACGGUCGGUCCUAGAGACAGAUAGACGACACUCCACCUUUACCACUUCUUCGACGAAUACCACUUUACAAGAACGACACCGAUUUCAAAAUGAUCUUCACCACUGCCGCUCUUGCGGCUCUUCUCGUCUCCGCGGCCGCCGCAAAGGAUUCCCGCACCUUUGCCGUCUUGCGUCACUACGGGAAUGGCCCCCUUACCACUUGCCGCGCCGACCCGAUUGUCUCCCCCGGCACCGCUUCCGCUCACCUUCACACUAUCAUGGGAGCCAGCAACUUCGGUCUUAACGUGACUGGAGAGCACCUGAGACAGUCCCAGUGCACGACGGCCCUGCCAAAGGCCGAUAUGAGCAACUACUGGUUCCCGACCCUUUACUUCAAGGACCCCAAGGAUGGCAAGCUCGAACAGGUUCCCUUCUACUACAUGAACGUGUACUACUUCUUCGAGCCGACCAACGACCAGAUCAAGGCUUUUCCUCUCGGCUUGAAGAUGGUGAGCGGUGAUGCCAUGUUGAGGACUCCUCCCCCGGGUGCUGCUUACGGCAAGGGCUCAAAUAUGGAUCCUUCCAAGGGACCCAUCACUGCUGCUUCCAUCACCUGCCCCCGUGCCAACUUCAACCCACCAAGCUGGCCCAAAGACUCGGAUGGUUCCAUGGCUGGCAUCAAGACCAACCAGGAUGGUGAAGGCUGGGGCUUCCCCUUCGAGGACUGCGAUGCCUACGCCUCGCCCUUGCGAGCCGAUGUGCACUUCCCGUCGUGCUACAACCCCAAGGCUGGCCUGGACGACUACAAGAACAACAUGGCCUUCCCCAGCGAUGCCGGCAACGGCAAGCAGGAUUGCCCCAAGGGAUGGAUCCAUACCCCUCACAUCUUCUUUGAAACCUAUUGGGACACUCACGGAUUGCUCAGUCGCUUCAAGGACCUUGUUGGCAAGGAGAGCCCCUUCGUGUUUGCCAACGGUGAUGCUACUGGUUUCUCCGUCCACGGUGACUUUGUUUCCGGUUGGGACGAGAAGGCUCUUCAGCAAAUCAUUGACAACUGCGACGCUGGCCAUGCUGGCAUGCACACCUGCCCGGGUCUGAUUGGCGGUGUCAAUGAUGACAGCAAGUCGUGCAAGAUUGAGUGCCCUAUCGAUGAAAAGGUCGAUGGCAAGCUGGACAAGCUUCCCGGCAACAACCCUAUCCAGGGCUGGAAGUACGGUACCAGUGGAAGCAGCAGCGGCAGCGGCAGCAGCAGCGGCAACAACCUGGCCGUGGGUGUCGACUCUGCUGUGCCCAAACCCACCAAUGUCGUCAAGCAGGCCGUCACCAGCCAGGCCCCGACCACUACUGUCCUCCAAACGACCACUGUUCAGUCAACCACGACUGUUUACAUCUCUGCUGUUGGUGCGGAGCCUACUGAUGCUGCCACUGAUGGCAAGACCGUUGGUGACUUCAAGUAUGCCGGUUGCUACGAGGACACUUCGGACCGUGUUCUCAGCGGAAUCAUUCGCGCCAACCUUGGUCGGGUCAACAACACCGCCUGUGUGACUCACUGCAGUUCCAAGGGCUUCAGCGUUGCCGGCACCGAGUAUGGCGGCGAAUGCUAUUGCGGCAAUGAGCUCUCCAAGGUCGAGAAGUUGGAUGACUCCAAGUGCCACAUGGCUUGCGAGGGCGACGAUGCCGACAAGUGCGGUGGUGACUGGGCCUUGUCCAUCUACAGCAAGGGCGGCGAGGUCUCGGCCCGUGAUGUUCACGCGGAGAGCCACCAUCGUCGUCACAUUCAUAACCACUACAUGCACCACCGCCGCACCCCUGGUGGAAGGAUUCGCAGGUAAGAUGUCUUUUGGAUAUCUGACUGUGGUCACGGAUUUCAUUUCUUCUCUUCACAUUUACUUUCUGAGCGGAGGUUUCAUACAGAACCUCCAUGGAUAGGGAUCAUCUAGAAAGGGGAAAAAAAAAAAGAAAGGGGCGCAUUCGGUAUGAGAUACCAGGAAAACAAUUGCUUUUUCCACACAGCCACACAGCCCAAAACAAACCUGGGAUACAGGGCUUAGGGUCUGCAAACCAUUUUGACGAAUCUGAAAUGACCACAUCUUUUCGAAAAAAAGGAGCAAAUGCCCAUGGGAGGUGUAGAAAGAGAAGGGCGCACCAAUUUUCUUCCACUUCGCAAAAGAGACCUUUUUUUUUGUCUUCCUUUUGGCUCUUGCACAUGUUACAUACUUCACUUCUUUACCCUCGUUUGGUUGGGAUUCUUGAUGCCCAACACCACAGAUAUUUUUACCUUUUAGUUUUAAGUUUUAGGAUUCCUCUUUGAGGAAAAUGAUUAGCGGCCUCUUUCUUCUUUUUGUGAAGAGGACCCAUUUGAGACAUCACACAUGCUCACAUACACAUACUUUGGGCUAUAGUAACAUCGUUUCGUG